AUGGCUCAAGAAAAUGAAAAUGUUGACGAAAAUAACCCGACUGUUAAUACAGAAACUGAAAUACCCUCUCAGCCCUACACUACUCCUCAGCCUUACAGGAUUACCAUGGAAUUUCCAUUGUUUUUCACUAUGUUAUCAGUGUCGUUGAGCGGUGCUGCUAUAAGUAAUCUAGUUCUGUACAGAACAUGUAUUCAUUCUUUAAAUUAUACUAAAGAUGAGUGUCAGUUCUUUAUGUCAUCAUCAAGGAACAAUGGCAGCAGAGAGAUAGAAGAAGCAGUCCAGAAAUAUGCAACAUUUGUCACUAUGUUAAGAACUAUCGUAGAAUCAGUUGCACCGGCUAUUCUCUCACUUUUCCUCGGAGUCUGGUCAGAUACACAUGGAAGAAAACCAUUAGUUGUAUGGCCAUUACUUGGUAUGUCAUUAGGUAGUGCUCUUGUGGUUGCCUACAGUAUGAUAGACAGCUUAGGUCCAUGGUGGUUUAUCCUGACCGCAAUACCGGUUUCUUUGUCUGGUGGUUUUACGUCUUUGUUCACUGGCUCCUUUUGUUACGUCAGCGAUAUCUCUACUAAAGAGAAGAGAUCUCUUAGGAUGACAAUAAUCGAAGCCGCAGUAUCAGCCGGCAGUGUUAUUGGUGGCGUAGCAAGUUCGUAUGUGUUGCGAGCUGUUGGAAAUGUAUAUUUGCUGCUAAUAUCGACUUUGUUGUUUGUGAUAGCAUAUAUUUUUACUAAUGUCUGUUUGAAGGAAUCUUUGGCCAAUGCCGUCCCGGGGAGCAUUAAAUCUGUCCUAGAUUUCAAACUUAUAAAAGAGAUGAUAGUGGAAUGUUUCAAAAAGCGUCCAAAUCACGGACGUGCCCAAAUUCUUCUUUUAACAGUAGCAAAUAGUUUGUCAAUAUUCAUAUUGUACGGUCUCAUGAGCUUAGAAUACCUGUAUACGAGACAUAAACUCAACUGGGCUAUAAAACAGUAUACAAUAUAUUCUGCUGUGAAUACGACGAUUUCCUUCUUUGGUUCCUUCUUUGGUGUGGUAAUAGUGCAGAAGAUAUUCAAAGUGACAGAUUUGGCGUUUUCAACAAUCGCAUUUUUGUCGACCACUGCUGAUUAUUUAGUUAAAGCGUUCGCGACUGUUUCUUGGCAAAUGUAUAUGGGUUCUGGUAUAUCCUUGUUUAGGGGGCUAUCAGCUCCGUUAAUAAGAUCGUUACUAUCAAAGACACUACCACCGCAAGAUAUAGCGAAGGUGUUCGCGCUUAUGUGUGCCAUAGAAGGCGUCAGUCCCCUUAUAUCACCAGCAAUGUACAAUUCACUGUAUGCGUAUACCAUAUCAUCAUUCCCAGGAUCCAUUUAUGUUCUGAGCGCAAGCAUAACAAGUAUAUGUGCCGUAUUUCUUGGGUUCGUUCAGUAUUACAGAUGGCGUGGAUCGACAAUUACAUAUGACAGUUUGUCAAACGAAUCUUAAUUUUUUAUUUGAAUAAGAAUAUAAUCGAGCUACUUACCUACUUAAUAUGACGUCACAAAUUUUAGAAUAUGACAUAAUAUUUCCCUUAAUGUUUUUAAUAAUACCAAUUAAUGGACAAUAUUUUAUCAUGAAAUAAUA